ACUCCAGCCUCCCGGCUCUCCACUGCUCUCCCUGCCUUGCUGGGAAAGGAGAAGCCCCCAGAUCCUGUCCAGUACCCCCGGACACAGCCCAUGAGGCUCCCAGUCCCCACUGAGUGCCGCCCUGAAGGAUGUCCCAGCUCUCCUCCACCCUGAAGCGCUACACAGAAUCGGCCCGCUACACAGAUGCCCCUUAUGCCAAAUCAGGCUAUGGCACCUACACUCCCUCUUCCUAUGGGGCCAACCUGGCUGCCUCCUUCCUGGAGAAGGAGAAGCUCGCCUUUAAGCCAGGCCCCCCAACCAGCUUCCUCACCAGUCCCCGUACCUACGGCCCCUCUUCCAUCCUGGACUAUGACAGGGGCCGCCCCCUGCUGAGACCCGACAUCAUCGGGGGUGGUAAGCGGGCAGAGAGCCAGACUCGAGGCACUGAGCGGCCUUCAGGGAGCGGACUCAGCGGGGGCAGUGGAUUCCCUUAUGGAGUGACCAACAACUCCCUCAGCUACCUGCCCGGGACUGCCCGGGACCAGGGUAUAACCUUGACCCAGAAGAAGUCCAGCAGUCAAUCAGACCUGGCCCGGGAUUUCUCCAGCCUCCGGACCUCAGAUAGCUAUCGGAUAGACCCUGGGAACCUGGGCCGCAGCCCCAUGCUGGCCCGCACGCGCAAGGAGCUGUGCGCCCUGCAGGGGCUCUAUCAGGCAGCCAGCCGCUCGGAGUACCUGACAGACUACCUGGAGAACUAUGGUCGAAAGGGCAGCGCCCCUCAGGUGCCCACCCAGGCCCCUUCCUCUCGAGUCCCUGAAGUCCUCAGCCCCACCUACCGACCCACUGGCCGUUACACUCUGUGGGAGAAGAGUAAGGGCCAGGCCCCUGGGUCCAGCCGCUCCAGCUCCCCAGGGCGAGACACCAUGGACACCCAUUGCAGGACGCAUGCACUCAACGACGAUCCAGCAGUACUCUCGGAAAUGGUCAGCUACCCCCACAUACACUGCAAUUCUCACCCGCCACCUCACCACCCAACAUGCCAGUGUCCCCUGCAGGCCCUGCACCAUCCUGGACUGAGUGCUGAGGCCCCCAAACCGCCAGUGUUCCUUGUGAAUUCUAAGAGCGCCCAGGGUCUGGCUGGUCUUCGAAACCUUGGGAACACGUGCUUCAUGAACUCCAUUCUGCAGUGUCUGAGCAACACCCGGGAGCUGAGGGAUUACUGCCUCCAGAGGCUCUACAUGCGGGAUCUCAGCCACGGCAGCAGUGUCCACACAGCCCUCAUGGAAGAGUUUGCAAAACUAAUCCAGACCAUAUGGACUUCAUCCCCCAAUGAUGUGGUGAGCCCAUCUGAGUUCAAGACCCAGAUCCAGAGAUACGCCCCGCGCUUCGUUGGCUAUAAUCAGCAAGAUGCUCAGGAGUUUCUGCGCUUUCUUCUGGAUGGGCUCCACAACGAGGUGAACCGGGUAACAGUGAGGCCUAAGUCCAACCCUGAGAACCUCGAUCAUCUUCCUGAUGAUGAGAAAGGGCGACAGAUGUGGAGGAAGUAUCUAGAACGUGAAGACAGUCGGAUUGGGGAUCUUUUUGUUGGGCAGCUAAAGAGCUCCCUGACGUGCACUGACUGUGGUUACUGCUCUACAGUCUUUGAUCCCUUCUGGGACCUCUCCCUGCCCAUCGCUAAGCGAGGUUAUCCUGAGGUAACUUUAAUGGACUGCAUGAGGCUCUUCACCAAAGAGGAUGUGCUUGAUGGCGAUGAAAAGCCAACAUGCUGUCGCUGCCGAGCCAGAAAACGAUGUAUAAAGAAGUUCUCCAUCCAGAGGUUCCCAAAGAUCUUGGUGCUCCAUCUGAAGCGGUUCUCAGAAUCCAGGAUACGAACCAGCAAGCUCACAACAUUUGUGAAUUUCCCACUAAGAGACCUGGACUUCAGAGAAUUUGCCUCAGAAAACACCAACCACGCUGUUUACAACCUGUACGCUGUGUCCAAUCACUCUGGAACCACCAUGGGCGGCCAUUAUACAGCCUAUUGCCGGAGUCCAGUGACAGGCGAAUGGCACACUUUCAAUGACUCCAGCGUCACACCCAUGUCUUCCAGCCAAGUGCGCACCAGCGACGCCUAUUUGCUCUUCUACGAAUUGGCCAGUCCACCCUCCCGCAUGUAGCAGCAAGGAGCUACAUCCCUGUCUCCCUUUCCUGUGGUGGCCCCACACCCUAAUUUUUUUUUUUUUU